AUGAACACUGCUGCAGCACCUGAGCUUAGUGACAUCAAUGAUGUUUGUGCCACCACCUCCUUGUUUGAGAGUGAUGCAGGUCAAGCUGUGAGCCACGCACAAUCCGGUGUUUCUGUGGAAAGUGGCUUCAUAGAGAUGAGCACUGCUCUGGCACCAGGAUUUAGUGACCUUGAAAAUUUUUUUGCAGCCCCACCUGUGUGUCAGAGAGGGGCUGGUGUUGAAGCGAGCCGAGCACUGUCUGGCGCUUCUGUUCUCACUUUUUUAAGUGAAGUUAGUGGCUCAACAGCAGAAUUUGUUGCCACCGAUGGCAAAAAGCGUAAGAUUUUUUCCCAUGAACGCAUGUCAAAACAAUCAAAGCGUUUUGAUAGCGUAAUAGUCAACUCUGAUGUAGUGUUUAUCACUGCAUCAGAGAGUGAGAAACAGUUUUUCCGUCCCCUCGGUGAUGACGUUUGUAGGGCUUUGUGUAGUCAAUUAAAAGUAGAUUUUAUGAAAGCCGGUGUCUGGUGCAUAGAGGUGAGCUACUUAGGUGUUCCCUGCCUUAGCGAGAAAAUAGUUCCGAAUGGGAACUGCUUUUUCAGAGCUGUUUCUCAGGCUGUCAGUGGUUCACAGAAGAACCAUCGUAAGAUUAGACUGGCAGCCUGUUGAGAGCUAGAAAAGAAUGAGGCUAGGUAUCGGGGUCUUUUGAGGAGCGAUAUGUCGCUUUUGUCCAGGAUGAAGUGUGUCAAGACUUGGGCCACAGAGGUUGAAAUCCAGGCCACUGCAGAUUAUUUAGGCAUUGACAUUUUUACAUUUGAUGAUAGUCGUUGGCUAAAGUAUAGUUGCAGCAGUAAGUGUUUGUCAGCGGACUGCAUUUACUUGGAGAAUGUCGGGGGCCAGCAUUUUGAGUACGUUGUUUGUGUUUUAAAGCCUGGACUGCAAAGUUGUCAUGGUUAUUGUAAAUUAGGCAGGGAUAUAGGCUGUAGCACUAGGUCUUCAGUGAAAGAUGGAGCGGGACAGGCAGUAGAUGGGAUAGAUUGUCUAGAUUCAGGAAAAUAUUUUAUAGAGGUUGUAGAGGGCAGUAAUAGUCAGGUUAGAAUGCUUUCUGACAAAUUAAAUGAGCCGAUGUGUUUCCCUGUGCUGUUUCCGAUGAGCACAAAUACAUUCCACACCAGCCGCAUGCAUCGCUUAAAAUUGUCGCGCUAUUUUAAUAAUCUGAUAAUGCAUGCCGACGGCCGUUUUGCGCUCAAUGUGGAAUAUAUAUUCUUUAGCCAGUAUAUUUCUUAAAUGGACCAAGUUAGCAUUUCGGUCGCGAUGCGUAAAGGUAAGGGGGAUCAACAUUCUCAGCGGAUUUGCCCGGGCAUGCUCAAAGACGACGAAUCUCUGAAGCGCUUGCUACAGUUCGAUGACGGUUUUUGUUUCCUUCGGCCCAUUCGCGGGACGCCAGCUUUUUGGUCUUCGGCUCAGAAAGACCUUUUGGCUUGGGUCCGCCAAUGGGGGAUUCCAACAUGGUUCUGCUCCUUUUCUUCUGAUGAUUUGCGCUGGCAGAAUCUCCUUGCCAGCAUCCUGAGACAGGAAGAGACAGCAGAACAGUUAGAGUGGGCCGAUAGGUGCGAGCUGUUGCGUCGCAACCCGGUCACAGCCGCGAGGAUGUUUGACUACAGGUGGCACUGUUUUUUGAAGGAAGUACUCAUGUCCCCGUCUCAACCAGUUGGCAAGAUUGUAGAUUACUUUUAUCGAAUUGAGUUCCAGCAGCGUGGGUCCCCCCAUGGUCAUGUGCUGUUUUGGAUUGAGGGAGCUCCCCAAAUUUAUAAAAACACAGAUUUAGAAGUUGCAGAGUUUAUUGAUAAAUAUGUGACAUGUGAGCUACCCUCAGACGAUGACACACUAUUGGAAGUUGUAUCAUCGGUUCAAACGCAUUCAAAACGGCAUUCAAAGUCAUGUCGUAAAAAUAAAACGAAAUGCCGUUUCAAUUUUCCAAAACCAAUUUCUGCACGCAGGUUCAUCUGCAAAAUCAAAGAAUGUGUUUGUGCUAAAAAGGGAACGAGGACAGAGGGUAGUUGUAUUUCAGAAAACAGGCCACAGUGCAGCUGUCUGGGCGAUGAGGGACAGUAGUUGCCAAAGGAGGUUGCGCAGUUGAAUAUGUCGAGAGUAAAAGAUGCCAUGGAGAGGGAGGAGCCUUUUGGUAGCGUAGAAGAGUUGUUUGCCAGUGUGGGCAUCAACCAGGCAGUCUUGGAGCUCGCUUAUAGGCGGCUGGAGACUAAGAAUAAGGUGGUUUAUAGGCGAGAGGUAAACGACACCUGGGUUAACCAGUAUAAGUGUUGGAACGCUAACAUGGACAUUAACUUUGUCACUGACGCCUACGCAGUCAUCGUAUAAAAAGCAGAGACGGAAAUAGGUCUGUUAUUUAGCAAUGCCCUUAAAGAAGCAAAUAAACAAGGAAAUCUCUCUGCUAAAGAUGCUUUAAAGAAACUGGGCAGUGUAUAUUUACACAACAGAGAUGUCUGCGCUCAGGAGGCAGUGUAUAGGCUAAUAAGCAUGCAUUUGAAAGAAUGUUCCUGGAAGGUCGUGUUUAUUACAACAGGGAAUAACAUUGUGUGGUCGCGAAAGGCUUCCUCAGAGGGUCUUAGGUCAGAAGACAUGUGGAUGACAAGUAUUGUAGAUAGGUAUAGGAACAGGCCCGAUAGUGUCGUGUUUGAGGAUAUGUGCAUAGCCACAUUUUGUUCGGAGUAUCGUGUUCUCAGCAAGAAUGAAAAAUCAGACAAUAGAAUUGCACGACAAGGGGGUUUAGGGUUCAUCUUGCGGAGAACACAAACUCAGUUUGCAGUCGUUCGCUACAUGCUGUUUAAAUUAGACAAACAGGAGGAAGCCCACUUUCAGAGUUUGCUGCAGUUGUUCCUUCCUCAUAGAACUGAUUUAGACCUCAAGCCGGAAGGCUUUGAGUUCUACAAACAGUUCUAUGAGGAAGGUAAUGUGACGUCGGCUGGCGGGACCGCGCGGCCAGUGCGAGACGUCGUCGAUAAAAACAGGGCAAAGUUUGAAGUAGACUGACCUCGAUUAGACCGUGCGCGGGAGAUGGUGGACCGGUUCGAUAAUGUCGAUGACGAUGCGUGGGGGGACCUUUGUCCUGAACAGCAAAUCGAACACAUGGAAUGUUUAGAGGAGAGGCAGCGACAGCAGCAGGGGGAAAUUAGGGAGGAGCAGCUAGUUGAAUUGGAGGAAAAUGUCCCUGAUUUGUUUGUUGGUGGUAAACAAGUAGCUCAAUUUGAGAGAAACACCAACAUUUUGUCUAGAAGGGAGGGUUUAGCUCUGGUCCAUUCUCUUAAUGAGACGCAGAGGAGCAUUUUUGAUAGGAUUAGGAAAUGGUGCCUAGAAAAGGUGAUGGGCAAAAACCCAGAACCUUUCCAUGCGUUCGUAACUGGUGGGGCAGGUACUGGAAAAAGCCAUUUGAUUAGAGCUAUCCAGUACGAGGCAGGGAGACUAUUGUCGCGUCUGUACCAGCCAGAUGAAGCCUGCAUACUCUUAACUGCUCCCACAGGCUUAGCUGCAUACAAUUUACAUGCAGCCACAAUUCACCACACCUUCAGUAUUGGCAUGCAGGUUAGUUUAUCGUACAUCUCUCUGGGUGAAGAUAAGAUAAACUCCUUGAGGGCUCAAUUUGGUCACCUACAAAUUGUAAUCAUUGACGAAAUCAGUAUAGUAGAUCAUCAUCUUUUAGCUUAUGUGCAUGGCCGGUUAAGGCAAAUUAAACAGACGGGGGUCUUUUCUCCAUUUGGCAACGUUAGUGUUGUAGCUGUCGGUGACUUUUAUCAGUUGCCACCCGUUAAUGGGAGGCCGCUGUACACUGAUACACCAGCACCAGCACUGCUCCAGCUAGCACUAGUGACACCACUACUACACCAGUCAGUGCAACCACCAGCACUGCUGCAGCCAGUAGCACCGGUCCAGGUCCAGUUGCUGCUGCCACAACAGGAGCAACUGCUAGGCCUAGAGGUAGAGGAACACAAGCAAGACUCGCCCAUUUUGUGUUAA